UCGGUGUGUUAUUUGAGGUAGCAGCGUCACGUCUCAUUCCCAGCCGGUGAACGGUGUCCACUGUGUCGCGCAACCGCUCCACUGACAAUGGAACAAUUCUUGUUAGAAUCCCUAUUACAACUUCUCUCGUGUCUUCGCCAUCCUUUUCAGUGAGCCCAAUUAUCCUCAAAUUCCACCUCCUUUUAUAGCGGGUUUGCACAGCACAUGCUUCUCUCAGCAACCUGUUUUCUUUCUGAAGACCCUCUAUUUUUUUCUGAAGUACGCAGAUUUCUUCACGGUUUUCUUUUGCUGCGGUUGCGUUAGCUUCAAUACGUCUGUCGAAACUUUUUAAAAGUUCCGUCUGCUCAUCCAUUUUUUUUGUCAGAACUUGUACAGCUUGUAGAAUUGCAGCGCCAUAAUUCACGUCCUCACUUUCUCUUCGGUGUCUCAUUUUCUUUGAAUUCGGCUGUUUAAUUGGCGUAUGUUCUUUGUUGAUUUUACCUUCCUUGGAUGAAUGCAGCCCCGCUUCCAUUCCUUCUUCAAUGUCGGAACCAUCACAUGCCUCGUGAAGAGCAGCCAUAUCGUAGUUGUGGUCGGACAUAAUUUCACACAACGAAGAAGGAAAAUAAAACCUCCAAAAUGAUGCAACAGCUGCUUUUGACACUUAAUUUUAAUCAUACAUUGAAUAGCUGUUUAGUAGAGGGGUAUUACACGAGUUUAACUUAUCUCCAGGACUUAAAAAGAAACUUUUUAUCGGAGCCUGCAGAAAUGCUACCACUCACUCCGCCAUCUUGAACCCCCCCUCUCCGACGGUUAUGUUAUGAACCGUCACAUUUGACUCACGUCAUAACCGUCAUCAUCAAUUCUGAAACCGGCACACCCCUAACCACCCUGCAACGUUAUGGGAACGUUAUUUUAUGGUUGCAAAAAAUAAAACCUAAAAAGAACGUUCCCAAAACGUUAUUAUUCUGUUCCCAAAAUAUUACCAAAAACUAACGUUAGGGGAAUGUUCUGUGUUUGCUGGGAAGUAUUAUGUGUGGUUUAGGUCAUGUUUUUCAAUUGCUUUUGAAGAUUAAAACUGAGCAACAGAGAGCUUAAAAGUGGGAGGAAGAUAGACAGUGGUGCUCUCUAAUUCUCCCACAGCAUCUAUAAAUCAAAUCAAAUAAAUAAAAUAAUGUUUUUGUAAUCUGGGUGGGUCCUGAUUCAUUUUCAAUGCAGGAAAACCCUGCUGCAAUAAUCAGAUGAUGUCUGAAUCAUUUCACUUUGACAUGCAUAACUAACUUCUAUUCAAAACCUUGAUCGCUCGAUUUAAAUAAAAUGAAAAUGUUUAUUUAAAUUAAUUUUAAAAAGGAAAAUCGCCCAGGUCUACACCAAAUUAAAUGUUUUAAUGCCUCUCUUUUCAUUUCUAGUUCACACCCAUAGAGUGAAAGUGAUUGAGACCUUCAGUGAAGCUCCUCCUACAACAAUCCACCAAUAAAUGCUGGAGUCAAACACACAGAGAAAUCACUCCAUGUGUGACAACUGAAAUCUUCAUGACAUAAUGUUGAUGCUGGUGAAAGAGGAGCUUGAGAAGAUGACAGAUCCACAACCAUGCAGAAUAAAGCAAGAAGAUACUGAGGAACAAAUAGAUAUGAUGGAAGUGAAAGAGGAGAGUCAAGCUGAAGUGGAUGAGAAACAUCAGAUUGUAAAAAUAAACCAUAAUGUUUCACAGAAAGAAACUCUGAAGACAGAAGACAUAAAGUGGGAAAAUAGUUUCAGUGAAGAUGAACGCCCUGAAGAUCACAAGAGGACUCACAGUGAGGAGAAACCUUUCACAUGUCAACAGUGUGGAAAGAGUUUCAGAAGAAAAGAUAACCUUAAAGCACACAUGAUGAUUCACACUGGAGAGAAACCUUUCACAUGUCAACAAUGUGGAAAGAGUUUCAGAACAAAACCUAACCUUAACGCACACAUGAGGAUUCACACCAGAGAGAAACGACACGUGUGCCAUCACUGUGGAAAGAGUUUUACAACUGCAGGUGAACUUAAGAUACACAUGAGGACUCACACUGGAGAAAAACCUUACCUUUGUCAACAAUGUGGAAAGAGUUUCUCUUCUGAAAGUAACCUUAAGGUACACGCAAGGAUUCACACAGGAGAGAAACCGUUUGUGUGCCAAGAGUGUGGAAAGAGUUUUAUAACUGCAGCUGAACUUAAGAUACACAUGAGGAUUCACACUGGAGAAAAACCUUACACUUGUCAUCAAUGUGGAAAGAGUUUCUCUGUUGAACGUAACCUUAAGAUACACACAAGAAUUCACACUGGAGAAAAACCUUACACUUGUCAUCAAUGUGGAAAGAGUUUCUCUGUUGAAAGUACCCUUAAGAUACACACAAGAAUUCACACUGGAGAGAAACCAUACAGAUGCCAUGAGUGUGAAAAGAGUUUUAUAACUGCAUAUGAACUUAAGAAACACAUGAGGUCUCACACCAGAGAGAAACCAUACAUUUGUUAUCAGUGUGGAAAGAGUUUCUCUGCUGAUAGUAACCUUAAGAUUCAUGCAAGAAUUCACACUGGAGAGAGACCUUACACAUGCCAUGAGUGUGAAAAGAGUUUCAGAACAAAAUCUAACCUUAAUACACACAUGAGAGUCCACACUCGAUAGAAACCAUUCAUGUGUCAACAGUGUGGAUAUGACAACAACAUUUAGAAAUCAGCUGAGGUCUUUUUAAUAAAACUGUGCGUACACUGUAAAAAGUGUUUCUGUGCCUUAGUAGAUUUUAAAAAAAUAAAUUGAGUAAACUGUAUUAA